GCCAAGUGGGCUCUUCUUGAACCGGCCGGAGUUGGAGGCCUUAAAAUCGGCGUCCACCGACAGGUGCUUCUUUAUAAUGAUCGAUGUUAUAUUCCUGAAGACCCUGUCGCAGCACACAUCGUGCUCAUGCUGGCCACCACGGAGGACGGCUCCUUAAAGAAGGUGGUGUACACGAAAACCAAAAACAGACAGUUCGAUGCUCGGGAGGUGUUGGAAUGCUUGCUGGCAGUGGUCAACGAACUCCGAGGCCUGGGCAUCGAGGACCACCUGCUGGCCAUCGUUGCAGACGAAGGAUCGAACAAUGCCCUCCUUGUGGAGGCGGGGUACCCCGUGCUUGUGGACCUCCACCACCUCAUUAAGAGGAUAGACACCAACAUGGGCUACGUUGAUGUCGUCAUCCAGGCGGUCCACAAGCACGCGGUGUUCCGCCAAAAUAACGGAGCCGAAAAGUUCGCCACCAUCCGCGCCAUGACGGACAGCAUCCCAGCCGCCGCCAGGACAAGAAUCCUGUUCGAAAUAAAGGAGGGGGAACGGGUGGUGGCCCGGCGGUUCGCCGUGCUGGGCAACCCGUUUUUCAACAUACGAUACAUUCGCGGAAAUGCAUCAUUAUGUAUAAAAUAA